GUCCUUGAUCGCUGCCUCUCGUCAUUCUCCAAAAUGUCGGAGCAGGUGUCUUCGGCGUUGCAAUUGAAGAAUAUUUUAAGUGAUCCCAACUCUAAUGGAAACGUAGAGAACCUUCUCGAUGUAAUUGCUGCUCUUGUUUGGGACUGUAAUUUUCAAUCUGCGAAGAAUUCUAAAGCCAUUCAAUCUUUUGUUCAAAGAUUCUCAGAACUGGCAAAUGUCAUCUAUUCUCAACGAACCAAAUACACGGACUUUGAGUUGGUCAAGGUUAUUGGUCAAGGUGGCUUUGGCCGUGUUCAGUUAGUUCGCCACAAGGACACGCGUCGCGUUUAUGCAAUGAAGAUGAUGAGCAAACAGCACCUGCUGGAUCACUCACAAUCGGGCUACUGGGAAGAACGCGAUAUCAUGGUCAAGGCUGCCAGUGAGUGGCUUGUCACCUGCCACCAAGCUUUCGUGGUGCGUUUACAUGUUCAUUCUUUGGUGAAAAGAAACUGGGGUUUGGUUUCAAUCAUGUGA